CCGUCUUAGCGGCCAGCGUUGCCUGGAUGGGGCCUGCCGCCGUUGGAGGCAGAAACUUAGCAGCUGGUCCCAGCUCUGUCUGCGAUACACUAACCGAGGUCAUCAGCCCUGAGACGUGUCUUCAGUUGGAGAAUGUCAUCAAACAGCUCGACCCAGACGUGCUUGCCGACUUCAUUGACCUGGCUGCUGCUUCCAAAACCGAAUCAAACAUCUUUAUACCAAUGAACAACGUGUUUGGCCUCUCAUCCGGGUGGCAUCAAACGGGAGAGCAGCCGGCGCAAACCGGAGAACAGCCGACGCAAAUCGCGAACAGUCUCAAACUGCCGCGAUCAGGGACGUCAGUGGCGAUAGCGAGGCAUCAUUCGAUUCCCACGACAUCCCUGAGGGAUGGUGGACCUCUCCAGGCAGGGUCCGGAGGUCGGUGCCAUCAACGACCGACGACGACCAGUCGAGGACUCGUCCUGUGACACUGGCCUACCUCACGGACCUGCAGCGGAUGACCCAGCAGACACAGACUGUCCGGCGUAGUCAUGGCGAUGAAUGGUUCAGAAAUCCAGUAGCACCGGCGUCAUUCUAUAGUGUUGGUGUGGAGAACAACUCACCUUCAGUUUACGUAGACUACACCGAUGAAUCUGGGGGCUCGCGACAAAGUAUCCGUGAUGACUCGAAUGGUUUUGAUACGGCUAAUCCUGUCAUUCAAACCGAGUGGGCCCCGUUCGUCCCCAUAACCGCCCGAGCUCCCGAGCCGGGCGGCUGUGGUCGAGGGUGAAGAGUGCGGUCUGGGCUCCCCAGGAUGAUGUCCAGGAGGCUCCACGGCCUGCGCCGAUGGAUGGCGGCUCGCCGAUCGGCUGGUGCUCAGGAUCGGUCAGACACGCCACGAACUCAGCGAAACGAUCAGCUGCAGAGACAAUAUCAGAACUACUACCAGAAGGAGCAUCGGCAGCAGCGACGAGUAUCUUCUGGCUACGCUCCUGCCGCUGUCAAUACCAAGGUCUGCAAGUGUCACGUGAGACCGAAAAAUGGGUACAAGACCGGCCUCCUCCAUGGCAGCGCACUGGGAAAGUUCCUCAGCACCAGCUUCUGGAUACCAGCGCUGGGACUUGUCUACCUGCUCGGUCUUUCCAGAUCCACUACCACCACCACCACCAGUACCGGAAGCUCCGGAGCGGUCACGGUCAACGCCGGAGGCACGACCUCGCUUACCAACAACGACGACGACAACCUGUCCAACGCAGUCACCAUCACCCUUACCAACUCGCCGACAAACACCAACACAGCCACACAGACCAGCAUGAAUACAGUCACCACCACCAUAACCGACAACUCCAUGAACACCAACACGGGUGGUGAUAACACAAACACGAAUACAAACACUAACAACGGAAACGGAAACAAUGGUAACAACGGAAAUAACGGCAACAACGGAAACAAUGGUAAUAACGGGAACAAUGGCAACAACGGGAACAAUGGCAACAACGGGAACAAUGGCAACAAUGGCAACAACGGGAACAAUGGCAACAACGGGAAUAACGGAACAACGGUGGCCUGCAUCAAGUAA